AUGGCUCCGUAUGAAGCCUUAUAUGGACGGAAGUGUCAGUCUCCACUUUGUUGGUAUGAACCUGGUGAAGCAAGUAUUUUGGGUCCAGAUUUGAUAGCAGAGACUACUGAGAACAUUAAGAAGAUUCGUGCAAGGAUUCUAACUGCCCAAAGUCGACAAAAGAGUUACGCGGAUCAGAGAAGGAAACCGUUAGAGUUUGAAGUAGGAGAACACGUAUUCCUUAGGGUUACACCGACAACUGGGAUUGGAAGAGCAAUCAAGACCAAGAAGUUGAAACUAAGAUAUAUAGGACCAUUUGAGAUUUUGAAGAGAUUCGGGCGGAUGGCGCAUCAAGUCGCUUUGCCACCUCAUCUGUCUAACUUGCAUGACAUAUUCCACGUGUCACAGCUCCGUAAAUACACGUCGGAUGCGGCUCAUGUGUUGGAGCCUGAAUCAGUUGAGUUGAAGGAGAACUUAACUUUCCAAGUAAUGCCAGUGAGGAUCGAUGAUAUUAGUAUGAAGAAGCUGCAAGGAAAGGAUGUUUCACUAGUUAAAGUUGCUUGGGAGCGAGCAGGAGUAGAAGAGCACACUUGA